AUGAGCUUACUUUGUACGAUUCCCGAAAGUCCUAGUGAACCGUUGCAAAAAAUCGAUUUCCAUUCGCAGUACAAGGAAUACAAUAGGCUGCCAUGCGUAUCGCAUUUGGACGACGGUAAGUAGCUAAGUAUGCCGAAAAAUCACGCUUUCGUAAAGAUAUUUUGUGCUGUAAAUUAACGCAAAUUAACUUUCAGACAGUAUCACUUUUUGUGAAAACCAAAAGUUCAUCUUGUAUUAAAGGAAAAUAUUGUCUUAAAAAAAGGCUAAAUUUCUGAAUGAAUUUUUGAAACGCAGCAAUUACUGCCAUUGUGUUGAAUUCAACAGCAUGCAGAGAUUUUGGAAAAGCGGCUGGUGCUAAGAUUUUUAUCAGUGAUUUGUAAAAAGUUACGCUAUAUAGGCUGUAAUAAAUCCGAGAAAAGUGAAAGCCAAAGAAUGGACCUCGGGUAUUAUUAACGGUUGUCUGUGCCCUUUCAACCAAAUUCAUACUUUCGGAUACUCACAUGCUUUAGUUCGUCUAGUUACCACAGUUCUGAUAAUAUAAGCAUAGAAUGGAAUAAAGGUAAACCAAGUAAUUGAGUCAAAGUCCUUUAUCAAUGUUCUAGACAUUCUUGGUGAAAGUAAUCAUCAUCCACCAUCAAGCAUUGCAGUCAAAUGGCAUCUUGGUGCACAGUUGAUUUUAUUUGUCUCAAUGCUCACCUCUGUUGGCAUUGGAAUUCUGGUUUUUGGUAAGACCGUUAGUUAAAGACUAAAGUAAAAGUAUACUGCAUAACUCCUGUCAGUUCUAAACUGUGCUCCCUCCCUACAGAUCCACGAAGGGCCAUGCCUACAAUGUCUACGUUGUUUACGAUUGAGUUAAUAAUCACAGAACUGCAUAUACUGCAGGAAUAAAAUCCCAGUUAGAGGUAACUCACGCGCAACCCUAGUAUCCUCGUAUUUUGUGUUUCUAGUGCUAUCCCUUUCUGGAAAUAGCAAGACUGCGUUUGGAUUUGCGGUAAGAUUUAUAGCCCAAAUGUACAGGAUAUCAAUAUAUCAACGUGCGAGACGCGGGCAAUCUGCGACCAGCUGCCUCACCAGUUGCGGUCAUGCCUCGUUUGUUUUUAUUCUCAACCAACAAUAAUGGCGCGUCAGACUUCACCCGUAGCACAACUUUUAGCUGUUCUGACAGCAUUGAAGGCCUCCUCUACUCUUCCACUACACACAUAAAAACGCACAAGUUGUUACAGGUCUGCAAAUAAGUUGUUACAAAUCUGUUCACAAGCUAUCGACAAGUUGUGUUCGCACUGCUUGUUCCCAGUUGUUGUAACAAGUUUGGAACAAGCUGUUAACAACUUGUAACAACCUUGUUCAUAUUAUCAGACUUGUUACAAGGUUGUUCUGACAAGUCUGAUACAGUCAUGAUGUGACAAGAAUGUUACAAGGUUGACGACACAAGGUUGUAACAAUAUUGUUAUAUCAUGACUGUAUCGGACUUGUUAGAACAAUCUUGUAACAAGUCUGAUAAUAUCAACAAGACUGUUACAAGUUGUUAACAGCUUGUUCCAAACUUGUUGACAACUUGGGACAAACACAGCUUGUUGUUGGACUUGUCGGACUUGCUACAAGAUUUUUACGUGUGUAUAUAGUACACAUUGUGUCUGGCAACAAGUUGUGUUCGCACUACUUGUCCCAAGUUGUCGACAAAUUUAGAACAAUCUGUUAACAACGUAUAACAGCCUUGUUGAUACUAUCAGACUUGUUCCAACAAGUCCGAUACAGUCAUGAUAUAACAAUAGUGUUUACAACCUUGUGUCGUCAACCUUAUAACAUUCUUGUUAUGUGACUGUAUCACACGUUUUAGAACAACCUUGUAACAAGUCUGAUAAUGUGAUCAAACUUGUUACAAGUUGUUAACAGCUUGUUCCAAACAUGUUACAACAACUGGGAACAAGCAGUGCGAACACAACUUGUCGACAGCUUGUGAUCAGAUUUGUAACAACUUGUGCGUGUUUACGUGCAUGUGUAUGUAAGCACCUUGCUUCUACUCUGCGACUGUAGUGAACUUAUAAUCAAACAACUGUAUAUGCAGGAAUUGAAACACCGGUCACAGAGUUGAAAUGUAAAGGCUUAAACCAUGCGACUGCUUAACCAACGCACCCAUGCACUCCCUAUAACAAAACGUUAUUUAUAUUCCCACUUAGUUUGACUCACUAUUGGACACCGCGACCUCAGCGAUUGUGUUUUGGAGAUUUUAUGGCACAGCUGGUUUGGAAUAUUCUUGGGACAGAGAAAAACAGUAAGUUGAAACGACGUCCAUCUUAUUUGUGGAUACUGUUUAGAAGAAGUAAAUGAUUCCGUGAAUUUUACUCACUACAUGCACUGUGAACAAAACCGUUUGCAAAAUAUACCCAGGAAUGCCUCAAUGCCACACUAAAUAUAUUUUCAUUAUCUUUUGUAGAGCAUGUAUUGGAAUUGGUGUAUGUUUUAUUGUUUCAUCUUUUGGGAUAUUCUCACGUACGGUCUACCUUCUGCUUCAACAAGAGAUGCCGGAAAAGGUUUGUUAAUCGUCACAAAACAACUUUGAAUAAGUUCCGCGUGUAGGUGUAAACACCACAGUAUCAUGCUAAGGGAACGUAUGCUAUCACUUCCCUCAUAUUUUAGACACCAGGACUUCUUGUUAUUGCCUGCAUAAGUUGUGUUGGUUUUGCUAUCAUCUCUUGGUUCAAAUUUGUCAUUGGUAAUGCCAUUCACAGUUUGUCAAUGAAAACUGACGGUAUGCAUUUAAACUAGAAUUGUUUAAAUUUUUAAGGGGGCUUAUUAUUUUGAUAACUCUGACAUGGCUACCCUGUAAUAGUGGCGUCCUGGUAGGGCCGGUAUUUUGAGGAGAUAUACUGCUGUGGUUUGUGUCUAAACUACACCUUAGAAGAUGGAAAAACCUCUCGACAGACAUUCCUUUCAUAGGAAGGAAGGAAGGAAGGAAGGAAGGAAGGAAGGAAGGAAGGAAGGAAGGAAGGAAGGAAGGAAGGAAGGAAGGAAGGUAGUCCAGACACCAACCAUGGCAGCUUACUCUAGAAUACUACCUAGACUGGAUUCCAAUUUUUGAGUAUAGACUCGUUUUCAUGUUUUCAUUCUGGUUUACUUGUUUCAGCGUUUAAUUCAGCGACCACGGCGUUCAUGGCUCUGGGUCUGUUAGCAAGCACUUUCGCCCAACGUCAAAAUGAUCAAGUGUGGUUUUUGGAUUCAAUUAUCGCGAUUUCCAUCGCUUUUGUUAUAUUUGUCUACGGCUUAAGGUAGUUAUGACGUCAUAUUUCAAAUCCGACUAUGAGGACUGGACUAGAUUUCAAGUACGCGCAAUGGACCAUUUGCAUUAUAGACUAAAUUUUGAUCUAGACAAAAAUUUCAUCACAGCUUGAAAGAGUAUCACAAAAUUAGUAAUAUUCCAAAGUUUCGUUGCGAAAUGUUGUAAAAUACGGAUAAUAUAGCCUUGCGAAGUUUGCCGUUUUUCAGUCAUUUUGUAUUACACGGGAAAUUGAGCCCAAUUGGGGCCAAUUUCCCGUGCGUAAUACAAAAUGACUGAAAAACGGCAAACUUCGCAUGGCUAUAUUAUCCGCAUUUUACAACAUUUCGCAACGAAACUUUGGAAUAUUACUAAUUUUGUGAUGCUCUUUCAAGCUGUGAUGAAAUUUUUGUCUAAAUCAAAAUUUAGUCUAUAAUGCAAAUGGUCCAUUUGAUCACGUCCGAGGCGAAGCAGAGGACUGGAUCAAAAUGCGAGGACUUAAAUUCGAGUCAUGCAGUCCGAAUUGGAGGAUUUGAAAUGACAUUUGAUAUGAAGCGAGGUGAAUUAAUUUUGAUACAGUCUAAGGACUGAAUUAAUUUUGAUCCAGUGCUAGGACUAGUGGAUCAGUAUACUUCACCGGGUAUCCAGUAUUAUCAUGUGAGCAAAAUUAAGCAAUAUGGUUAGCUAAUUUACUCAUAAAUUAUUAAGAGGCAAUUUUUUUCAAUGUCACGUAAUUGCAAUGAAAAGAGUUCAAAAUCUAAAAUCUUUUUGGCGUUCCUCUCAAAAUUACUUUGUUUUAGCUUUAUUCUUUAGUUUAUAGAGUCAGCAACCUUUUUAAAUGCAUCUGCCGGUUGAGAAACAUAACAUAAUAGUUAAAAAUUGUCAAUUAAAAUACAAUGAUCAAUGAUGCUUUAAAAUUAACGCCAUAUUUACAGCCAUAUAAGCAAAACUUACUGAACUUCAGACAUCAUUUUCUCUUUGGCGUACCAUCUAAAAUCUCUUCAAUUUAGUAUUAUUUUACAGAUAAAGCACUAAACAUACUUUUUAAGUUUGUUUGCCGAUUGAGAAACGUAUUGAAAAAUAACCUCAUAACCUCAAGCAUUAUUAUAUACGCAUUAGUUUUGAGCGCGUGUUACGUAACAUACAAAAAAAUCUCCUCUUAAACAACUUUACGUACGAAUGACAACAGGUAGCUUAUAAAAGAGUUGAAAGCAUAAUUUUCCUCAAAGAGUCAACUCGGUGCAUGUACGGCAAAUGGUCUCCAUCCCAAUAACGUUUGUUUUCGUUCCAUAGGCUCCUGACAGACCUACUCCUGGGGCAUGGCAAAGAGCACGAAUGGACAUUCAUUGAUUAA